AUGGCUCACCUAAGCAACCGAAAGACAGGAAAUAAGGGACUUUUCAAGCCCUUAUUUUCGUACCUCAAUAUUCUGGCUAACUCCACAAUGCUUGUGAGUUCACUCUGUGCGGAGUCUCAAAUAUUUAAAUGUAAAAGGUAUGGUCCAGAUCAACAUGGAACUCAUAAGGCAAUAUCUUCAAAUCAAUCGGGAUACUAUUGCAAACUUGUUGAGUAUGAAUUAAUUAGAGAGGUUAUCCUUGAUUUGGCAUAUGAAUAUGAACUUAACCUGUUGACCAGCUAUGAAAGUGAUCUUUAUUGUACAGUGGCUAGGAUAUGGACUGAAUGUCAUGUUUCUAAAGGAAUAGAAGAAACAUGUUUUUACAGUAAAGAAGAACAUGGAAAUAAAAUUAUGGAUGAUAUCCUUUCGAUAUUGCAUACACGGAUGGAAAAGAAGCUAAAUGAAAGACUGGGAUUGUUCGAUGACCACAACCAAGAUCAAUCUGAAAGCAAUCAUUCAAUUGGAGUUGAAAAGCUUCGAAAUAGGAAAACUGAACUCGCUACAGAACUUAGAAGGUUACAGGCAUCAUUCACAGAAAUCAUAUCAAGGAUAUACAAUACAUCUUCCCGUUUAUUUCGUGAAUAUCGACACGUAGUUUGGCCACGAAUGAGUCGUCAGGCAUUAGCAGUUUUAACUGAACAAGCCAAAGCCUUACUUUUGCGCGUCAAAGUUUUGCAGAAAUCCAUUGAAUAUUCCACUUCACAACCUUCAGAAACUUUAGAUAUCCUGAAGAAAAUUCACAUUGAACUUACUAAUUCACGUUGUGUUUUACAAAAAGAGGUGAAGGAGUUAGAAACAUUGCUUGCUACAUAUGACAAUAAAGACGGCGAAUAUCAUAAAUUAGUAAAAAGAUAUGUUGAUUGUCAACAACAAUUAUCUUUACGUUCUACAUUAUUACACGAUAAUGAUACUAUACAACUUAAUCGAAGAUCACAUAAGAACUUUUCAAGUCGUCGAUCUUUGAGUGUUGACGUUAUAACUCGUAAAUAA